UAUUUAGUUUUCAGGUGUCCCCUAACAUGAAUCCCAUCAAGCUGAAUGAGCUGGCAAUCCGAAAACGUUUGACUAUCCAUGGCAAAGAAGACGAGGAAGUCGAUCCUGCUGACUACGUGCUGCAAGUUAGCGGAAGGCUGGAAUACGUAUUUGGUGAUCACCCGUUAAUUCAGUUUCAGUACAUCCGCAACUGUGUGAUGAACAGGACUCUUCCUCAGCUGACUCUAGUGGAGUGUUGCACUAUAAAGAAAAUGUGUGAGCAGGAGAUGAUUGCCAUAGAAGCUGCCAUAAACCGAAAAUCAUCCAACCUUCCUCUUCCUCUGCCACCAAAAAAAACAAGAACAACAACUAGUGUAUGGGAUAUUUGCAACCCUUUCAAGAUUAUUCUGCUAAAGGGUAAUAAACUAAAUACAGAAGAAAAUGCCAAAGUUCAUGUUAGGGCUGGUCUUUUCCAUGGUACAGAACUCCUUUGUAAAACUAUUGUAAGCACAGAAAUAUCUGGGAGAAGUGACCACGUUUGGAAUGAAGUGCUUGAAUUUGAAAUAAACGUCUGCGAUUUGCCAAGAAUGGCAAGGCUCUGCUUUGCAGUUUAUGCCGUGAUGGAUAAGAUGAAAACGAAGAAGUCAACCAAGGCAAUGAAUCCUUCCAAAUACCAAACCAUUAGGAAAGCAGGAAAAGUGCAUUAUCCUGUAGCCUGGGUAAAUACCAUGGUGUUUGAUUAUAAAGGGCAGUUGAAGAAUGGAGAACUGGUACUGCACAGCUGGUCAUCAUUUCCUGAUGAACUUGAAGAAAUGUUGAAUCCAAUGGGAACCGUCCAGACUAACCCUUACACUGAAAAUGCAACAGCUUUGCACAUUAGAUUUCAAGAAUAUUCAAAACACCCUAUCAAUUACCCUCCCUUUGAUAAGAUACUUGAAAAGGCAGCUGAGAUUGCAAGAAGCAGUGACAAUGCUGCAAUGGCGGGUCGAGGUGGUAAGAAGUUUUAUGUUGUGCUGAAAGAAAUAAUGGAAAGAGAUCCUUUAUCUCAACUCUGUGAAAAUGAAAUGGAUCUUAUUUGGACUUUGCGAUAUGACUGUCGAGAAAAUUUUCCACAAUCGUUGCCCAAACUGCUGCUGUCUUUAAAAUGGAACAAACUUGAAGAUGUUGCUCAGCUUCAGGCUCUCCUUCAGAUCUGGCCCAAGCUGCUGCCCAGGGAAGCGUUAGAAUUGUUGGAUUUCAAUUAUCCAGACCAGUACGUCAGAGAAUAUGCAGUGGGUUGUUUAAAACAAAUGAGUGAUGAAGAGCUCUCUCAAUAUCUUCUUCAACUUGUGCAAGUCCUGAAAUACGAACCUUUCCUGGAUUGCGCGCUCUCCAGGUUUCUCCUAGAGAGAGCGCUCGCUAACAGGAGAAUAGGACAGAUGUUGUUUUGGCAUCUAAGGUCGGAGGUUCACAUACCUGCCGUUUCAGUACAGUUCGGUUUGAUACUUGAAGCUUACUGCCGAGGAAGUGUUGCUCAUAUGAAGGUGCUUGCGAAACAGGUGGAAGCCCUCAAUAAAAUGAAGACGUUAAAUAGUCUAAUUAAGCUGAAUGCCAUGAAGCAAAGCAAAGCAAAAGGAAAAGAUGCAAUGCAUACGUGUUUGAAACAAAACGCUUACAGAGAAGCUCUUUCUGAUCUCCAGUCUCCUCUGAAUCCUUCUGUGAUACUUUCAGAACUACAUGUUGAAAAGUGUAAGUAUAUGGAUUCUAAAAUGAAACCUCUAUGGAUAGUCUACAACAAUAAAAUGUUUGGAGGAGAUCUUGUAGGAAUCAUCUUCAAAAAUGGUGAUGAUCUCCGACAGGACAUGUUGACGCUCCAGAUUUUGCGUUUGAUGGACAUCCUUUGGAAAGAAGCUGGUCUGGAUCUCCGGAUAUUGCCGUAUGGCUGUUUAGCCACUGGAGAUCACUCUGGCCUUAUUGAGGCUGUUUCUAGUUCAGAAACCAUUGCUGACAUUCAGUUAAAUAGUAGCAACGUCGCUGCCGCCGCCGCCUUCAACAAAGAUGCUCUCUUAAACUGGCUGAAGGAAUACAAUUUAGGAGAUGACUUGGAUCGAGCCAUUGAAGAAUUUACUCUUUCUUGUGCUGGCUACUGUGUAGCUACUUAUGUCCUGGGGAUUGGUGACAGACACAGUGACAAUAUCAUGGUCAGAAAAAACGGUCAGCUUUUUCAUAUAGAUUUUGGGCAUAUUCUUGGAAACUUCAAGUCCAAGUUUGGAAUUAAAAGGGAACGGGUACCUUUCAUACUCACCUAUGAUUUCAUCCAUGUUAUUCAACAAGGAAAAACAGGGAACACUGAAAAAUUUGGUCGAUUCCGCCAGUAUUGUGAAGAAGCGUACUUGAUAUUGCGAAAACAUGGAAACCUAUUUAUUACACUCUUUGCACUGAUGUUAACUGCAGGGCUUCCAGAGCUAACCUCUGUCAAGGACAUCCAGUAUCUCAAGGACUCUCUCGCCUUAGGGAAGAGUGAGGAAGAAGCACUAAAACAGUUUAAGCAAAAGUUUGAUGAAGCACUCCGGGAAAGUUGGACUACUAAAGUGAACUGGAUGGCUCACACUGUUCGAAAAGAUUACAGAUCCUAGAAGAUUUUCGCAUUUGCACUAAGCCGAGUGUUACCUUGAAAAGUGUUUUUUUUUUAAAGGGGGUCUGUAAUAUGGACCAACAUUUUAGUUAAGAAAGAAGGCAAAGCAACAGCAAAAAGAAAUGGGCCGAAAUAAUUCCUGAGUCUUUUGCACUCUGCUUCUGAAUGCUUGACUCCAAGACUGUCUCUACAAAUAGUGAACGUUCUUCUGCUGACUUUGCACGCUGAGAGCUACUAGGCAUUUUUACAAAUUCUUUGGUACUUUAUGGAAGUGUAAAUAUUUGGUUUUUUACGUUAGGGUAAUAUACUCUAACAUACUCCAGAGGUUUGAAGACUUCUGUCAGAUCUGUUCUUCGUUUAAAAUCAGGACUUGAAGAGCAAUUUUUUUUAUAUAUAUAUAUCCUAAUCUGGCUAAAAAUGACCACGUUGUGUAUAUUUUUCAUAUGAACUCUGCCCUACUGGCACAGAUGCAUUAAUUCUACUGUAAAUAGCAACCACAGUAUCGUUGUACUACAGGGAGCUGCUUGAUGUCUUACACUGCUGCCAAAAAUAGAGAUUUGCAAGAUGGGGGUGGGUGGGAGGGGGAGAGACCUUUACAAAUAACGCAGCGUCCAGAUGUUCGGGGCUGCACAGUUUUGUUCCUCUGACAUCACACACGCAAAAGAAGACCCUCAGCAAGAGGGAAGUUAGGUUGAUUCCAAAUGUGUCUGAGAAUCCCUCGUCGGUGACCGUCUCCCUUUUGGCCUCUGGAGCUGUUUUCAAGCCCUUACGAGGCUCAUUUAUGUCAGGUUCAGCCUCGCGUGGAAAUUCGUGUCUCGGAUUUGUUGUGCCAUGCAAAUGUACCGACUCAUGCAUGGAAAAUUUUCAUUAAAUAUCCUACACAUCAUGAUUUUUAGAUCAUACAUACCAAAAAGCCCAAAUGUUUGGAAAAGCAAGUGUUUAUGGGGAAAAAGAUCAUUCCAUAAAGAAAAAACACAGUAAGAAGUCAUUAAUCUUUUCUUUCUGUAUUUAUUGAAAGCUUGCAGUCAUGUCGCUUUACCAAGCUAUAUAUGUUGAAGAUGGUUGCUGAAGAAACUGGAUUUGUUUUAAUUUAUUUAGUGAGGUACCAGGCUUUUAGGUGCUUAAAUGGAGAGCAAAUUGGUUACGUGCAAUAGGGAACUGCUGGUUAAAAGAUGUAACAUACUGUUUAUGAACAUCAGCAAGAUGGACUUUAACUACUGCUUGUUCUCCAAGGAACACUGGUGGCUCUCAAUUCUUGUCGACAUUUGAAAGAGAAUUAAACAUAUAUAUAUAUAUUUACUUUUGGACUAAACAGUUGUUUUGCAUAGAAAUGUUGUUUUAUGUAGGAAUUUAAUUAAAGGUGGUUUUACUUUGUUGA